AUCCUUUGUAUUUUGAAUUGAAAUUCGAAGGAUUUCGUCAAAAGAGUUCCUUUCAGCCUACUAUUUCGAAAACCCAAAAUCUCUUUUUCCCCAAAAUCAGAUCUUCCAUUUCUCCAAGCGCUAGGGUUUUCUACUCCGAAAGGGUUUUGUAGAUCAAUAUUGUUAGAAUCAUCAUGGGCCAACAGUCUUUGAUCUACAGUUUCGUGUCUAGAGGCACCGUGAUUCUUGCCGAGUAUACAGAGUUUACAGGAAAUUUCACUUCUAUUGCUUUCCAGUGCCUACAGAAGCUUCCGGCAACUAAUAACAAGUUUACUUACAACUGCGAUGGACACACCUUUAAUUACCUUGUUGAAGAUGGAUUCACAUACUGUGUUGUUGCUGCUGAAUCUGCUGGCAGACAAGUUCCAAUGGCUUUUCUUGAGCGUACCAAGGAUGACUUUACCAAGAAAUAUGGUGGUGGGAAAGCCGCUACAGCUGUUGCCAAUAGUCUGAACAAGGAAUUUGGGCCCAAGCUGAAGGAGCAGAUGCAGUAUUGUGUGGACCAUCCUGAAGAAAUCAGCAAGCUAUCUAAGGUAAAGGCACAGGUUUCAGAAGUCAAAGGUGUGAUGAUGGAGAACAUUGAAAAGGUGUUGGAUCGUGGUGAGAAGAUUGAGCUCCUUGUGGAUAAAACAGAGAACCUUCGCUCUCAGGCACAAGAUUUUAGGACACAAGGUACACAAAUGAGGAGGAAGAUGUGGCUGCAGAAUAUGAAGAUAAAACUGAUAGUUCUUGGAAUCAUCAUUGCCUUGAUUCUCAUUAUAGUUCUAUCGGUCUGUGGCGGCUUCAACUGCGGCAAAUGAAGCGCGUAUAUAGCUCAUUCAUGGUAAAACUUCCGUUAUCUCGUUUAUUUCUGUUUUCCCAUGUUUUAUUCGUGUCGGUCUGCUGUUAAAAAGCCUAUGUUGCAAGACUGCCUGUAUAUUUUGUACCUUGAGACCAGGGAAACACCUUGAUUGCUCUUUAGUCUUAACCUUUACUAGAAUAAUUCGUGUUGUUUUUGAAGUAUAUAUAAUAUUUUAUAUACGGCAAAA